CGCCAUCUUCGGUGUCUCGAUAUCUUAGCAUUCCAACUGACUUCCGAUCGCCUACAAAUCUUCGAUCUCGACAUCCUCGUCCUGCACAUACAUACAUCUACCAUCAAUCAUCUACCUUGGUUUACUACUUCGAACCUUUGAUACUACCACCACACAUCAAAAUGUCCGAGACACGUCAAUCCGUCUUCAUCUCCGAUGACUUCUCCGAGCCCAUGAGCGCUCAGCACAACUUCGCCAAUAACUUUGACCUCGAGAACCCUGAGCGUGCCAUGACAGAGUACCAGAGGAUCAUGCACGAACACACCAAGCGCCAACUGCGAACUGCCACCGACUCUGCCCGUCGACGAAGCGGAGCUUCAGCGUCUUCAUCGCACGAGUCCGUCAACUCGUCCAGCUCAUAGUGGCUGCCGACAACCCCUUCUUGUACAACAACACCCUGUCGUCUGGGACGACAUCUUUAGCGUUCAGCGAUACAUUCACAUCUACUAUCAUCUCUGUUGUUAUCUCAAGGAAUGGCGUUUGGCAAUACUGCGGUUCUUGGGCACUGCCGAUGGCACUCAUGGAUAGGCGUUAGAGCUUGCUAGCGCAAGAUAUCCUGUUAUGAAAUCAAUUUACUUCCC